AUGAAUAGUAAUAUUAAAAUUGUUCGUUCUCUGGUGCAAGAGCUUCGUCGAGUUUCACAGACUAAAAAUAUGAAAGAGAACGCAAUGUUACAUUAUGUCAUGGAACAAGCACAUGCCCAUAAAGAAACCUCCGAAGUUUUAUGUAAAGCGCGAGAAGAAUUAAAGAAUUUGGCAGAGAUGUAUCUUUGCUACUUGAAGUCUCAGCAAGCAUGUAAGGAUAUUCAUAAACAAUAUGCUGGUAAAGGUGAACGUAGCAUAAAGGAAACUGCGGAUCUCGUAGGUUUUAAAUUACCUCAUGAUCCAAAAUGA